AUGGCGUCGGGGCUCAACAGCGGCCUGAUGCGCUACGUGACGAGGCCGAUCGCGUUCGCUGUCAAGGCACCGUGGAAGAUGCUCACCGUCGUGCCGGGGUUCUCGGCGAUGAAGCAGCCCGUCGAGGCCUUCUUCAUGUCCAGCACCGACGCGAGCACGCACGCCCCACGACCCAAACGGCGCGGAGUCUUAGGGGGCUCGGAGCUCAAGCCCGGCGCCUGUGCUUGCCUCGCAUGCUGCCGCCGAGCACUCCAGCGCCGCCGCGCUCGCCCUGGCUCGCCAAAGAUGCCUUCGCCGGAGCUGCGCCGCACCAGCCCGCGAUUCCACCCGUAG